AUGGAUGUUCCUCAUCUGCAUUGCUUAUCCUGCUUCUUUUCUGAAUGUUCUGUUCAAGAAUGCCCCUUAACUUACUGCUCUAAAUGUUACAUUAAGCUUCAUGAAUGUAAAUUGCAAGAUCAUGAAGAAAAUAUUUGCCUGGAGGCAAGCAAACGUUUAGGAUAAUCUCUAUUGCAAACUUUCAGGCAAGCGUGCCGUGUCUUCUCUUCCAAUAUGGGUGUAAAUCUGAAAUCGCCCGGAAAUCGAUGGGAUCCCACCUAAAAUCAUGUCCAGCAAGUGUAGUCAGGUGUAAUUUUACAUGGAGCCGACAGUUUCUGUCAUUGGAAGCCAAACGUCUCUUCAAGAAAAUUCAUCGCGGACUCGCAAACUUUGAUGAGACCCAAAAAGCACCAGAAAAUUAUAUCGAAUUAAGACUCGCCUUAUUAGAUCAACAAGUACUUUUUCGCUCUCUGAAUUGUAAAAGAGAGGCGCGAGUCAGACAAAGGGAUUUCAUGAAUCCUCAACAUCCUAUGUUGCCAUUGCGUUAUACGGUGAUUAAAGAUGGAUCAGAAUCUAAAGAAAAUGAUAGCAGCGACGAAGAAGAAGAUGCAAGGGUAAGUAAUAAUUACAGUUAAUAAAGAAUGAACAGCUUCGCAAACUGCAUGCAAAAAGAAAGAUCUUUGCGGGAUGUUUACAAUGCAAGAUAGACCCGAGCGCACAACAUCUCCACACCCUCGGUAAUGUGAAUACGGAAUACGAGAUCUCUUCCAAUGACAAUAGAAACAGAUUCUACACCAAUUCAGUUCUUCCGCCUUUUCAUCAUGACUAUGGGUUGUUUGUAGGUCACUGUUUAACCAGAUAUUUCACGUUUAUAUUACUUUAGCUAAGUCUGGAGACGGAUAAGGCGCCCCCAAAGACUUUACCGAACGAAAUGAGAAAGCUGGUAUAUUUCUUUAGCUGUGAUCGAGAUAUCCGACGGGACGAAGUGAAUGAUCAUAUACUUUACCAUCAGACCUUGAGAGGAUGCGAUAAUCAUUACAUUUGGUGUCCUUUUAACUGCGGGUUCGGGGUGUGUCUCUCUCAGAAGGGAGAAUUACGGUAAGAUAAAAAAUAUGACAUAACUAAUAUGGAUUAAGAAUGGCUGAGAGACAAGAUAACGUCGUAUUUAUUAGCAAAGGGUCUAGCUCCAUGCCUGAGAGAGAUUACAACCUAAAUCUUGUCUUAAACGUCAUCGCUUCCACAGUGCCCUUUUUGGAUUCAGGACAACUUAAUGCUCUGUCCUGUACGUGUAAAUCUCUUCGGAACUUUCUUUUUCACAAUUUUUUCGAUCGAAGUAUGGUUUAUCCGAUAUGGGAAAAGAGUAUUCAAGAUGGGAAAAUGUCAUGGAGAAUAAAUAGCUUUGUAAGUAAAAGACAUAGUAAAUAUUAGGGUUGUUAAUUUGACAGAAUUUUUCAAAAUGACGUCAAAUUGCGUUAAAUUGCCGUCGAGUAUUUUUCGUCACCAAGCUCACGACCUAAGGUUGAGACCAUUUUCGGGUAAUUUUUGGCAACCUCCUUGGCCUCGGUCACGACCUAGGUUGCGAGUAAAGUGCAGAAAAAAAGAACGCGAUUUUCGAAAUCAGCACCCUCGAAAACCCAAAUCGAUUAUUGUUAGAAAAAUUCAAAAAAUUACUUUUUAACACUGCAUAAGAAAGAAGUAACAAUCACAGAAAAAUUAACAAAAUUUUCGAAGUUAGUGACGGUCAAUCUGUUCAGAUGGUUCAGAUGACAGGUCUAAGCCUUAUCUUUGAUUUUCCCGGGUUCCGGAAUUGUCACUAUUCCGCCAUUCCGGAAUUGUCCAAAUUCCAGAAAUGUCGCGGGGCUAAUUUUUCUUACUGCGCUCUUUACCGGUACAAAAAAUAGACUAAAGUUUGGUCUGGAUGGUUCAAUAGAUUUUUUUACGAAAUUUUUUAUUAUUCUCACCCUGCAAAAAUUUUAGUUUACUCCGAGGGCGACGCUCAGGUUUUGAUGAAACUUGGCACAAAUUAAUCGUAUUUUUUCUAACAAUAAGACAUAUGCGAGACUUUCACAAAAAUUCAAUUUUUUCUGCACAAAGUUGGCAAAGAUAUGGUCUAAAAGUGUUUUUCUCUCUGACCGCCCUCCGCGUUUCGGUGCUUUCUCGGCCCAAAUAUCGUCGAAUAUCUCGUCUGCCAUAGCAAAGCGAAAGCUAAUGAGAACCUCUUUUACGUACGCAAUGUAUUGUCUCAUUGUACUGUAUUACUUUUAGAAGUGCGCUUUCUCGAAUGUUCAAACGGAUCUGAGAAGAUAUUAUAAAGCAGAUUCGGGAGUAUUAAAUUCUCGGUUGGAGGAUCACGUGACUCAAUGUACUUUCAAAUCUGAUGUCAACAUCCCCAGUGGUGUCAAGAACUCGGUCUUAUUAUCUGAGAUGAAGCAGUUGCCACCGUUGGCAGAAUACUUGAAACCCAUAAAUUUUAAUGAAUAG